CACUGCGUACACCCUCAAAAUGAGGGACCGUGGUUCGAACUGUCCAGUCGAACCAGGAGUGGCGCACAUGAACCUCACACUGUCACUACCCGUGACAGAAGCCCACUUUUUAGAUCGUACGAUACAAGGCCAGCACCUGCAAAGCCACUUCAUAUGUUCUUCUCCGUCGUAGAGGCAAAGAAGGCCUCGCGGAGGGCAUAGAGGAACUCGAGCUUGCUCACAUGGGUGAUAUACGCGCGCAUUAAUCCCUCGAUCUGGCGACCGUACGCCUGCUUCAGCGACCUAAAGAAGCCAACAUCGAGUGGCUGGAACUUGUGGGAGGAGUGCGGAGAUAGAUAUAAUUGUUGGAAAGCCAAGAGCCACGAAUUUCACCGCCCCUUGUAAUCGGGAACCAAAACAUGGGCCACCACUCCAUUGAUGAUAUCACCGAAUCAAACGGUUAUCAGUCACCACACCCUGCCUCUUCUGACUUCCGAGACCGUUUCUUUUUCUUCAACAUCAUACCUACUCACAGUGUGGCAGUGGCGGGCUAAUGCCAACCGCUCAUCUACCAUGGAGGCCCUUCCUACGGAACUGAUACACCAUAUUUGCACUCAUCUCUGCGACCAUUGCCAGCUCCCAGGUUCAUUUCCUCACGCCGAGAGUUGGGGCGUGCGUCGGAGAAAAGCAGCACUGGCCAACCUGUCGGCAGCAUCGUCACGGCUCCGCGCCAUCGCGCAGCCUUUGCUCUUUCAUUAUUUCGCGACGGGAAACAUGGCACCUCAUGGCUACUGGCCCGACGAAAGCCACGCGGAACUGACCCUGGAAUUCGCUGAAAGAGCCAAAAAGUUGCCUCUUAUCAUCCGCAGCGCCAUACAACGCCCCGACCUCGCUGCCAAGGUGAAGGCUCUGCAGCUCGUCGAAUUUGGUGCCACUACGGCCAUUGCUUCCGGCAAGAUCGGCGACGACUCCAACGAGAUGGACGUUCUGGCGGGCUGCAUAGGGCCCAAACUCGAGAAGACGCGCCGAGCUCUGCCCGACGAAAGUCGGAGAGAUUCUGCCUCCUGGAACUUCCAGGCUGGAAGUGGGUCGUUGAUCAGUGGUCGGACGGUGUAACGGUCCCAGGAGUAUAUUGCAACUAGCUGGUGACGACUCUACGAGUUUGUUUCGAAUGGAGAGAGAAGAAGAUAAAGAGUGAAAGACUAUGCAAGAUAUCUGCCGUCUUAUACCUCCACAUCCUUGGCCUGUGCGCCGACAUCGAACAAGAUAAAAGUCCCCCGAAUCUCGAGUCUUGGCCGAGAGUUUGCCGAGGCCUUUACGGGCUCAGCCCGUUACAAAUAUGACCCUCAGCGUUUUGCUGCCACCGUUUAUAAGGUCAGUCGAAGCUAAAAGGAAAGGAUAGUACCAUGCCGAGCAUAGCAUAUGCAGGAGGUAGGGGAAAAAGCAAAAUGAACAUACUU